GCGGAGUGGCAGUAGCGCGCGAUCUGCCGCGGCCGGCCGCCGUACGCCGUACGCGCGCACAACGAACGAACGACCCGCACUCCCGCGCACACGAUUACCAAAGCGAAUUGUCGCAGUUGACGAUACCGAGCCGCCCUUUAACACUAACUGAACCAUUAGAAUUUCUUUUCGCCCGACGACUAUUCGAGUGCACUGAUCAAAUUAAAUCCAAAUUAAUAUUUAUUUGCGAGGGCGGAUAAUAACGAAUAAAUCGACUAACUAACUCGAACCGCACGAAGGUGUCGCGUCGCAAAAAGCGCAACACAAUAGAGUAAGCGUCUAAUUAUAAACGUGGUUGUGUUAGCACCGCCGAGAUGCAGAACAUUGAUCCACUGGAGUUCGCCAACAUGCUGGCCACUGAGUUGUGGUGCCAACAGUUGGCAAACCUUGAAGGCCUCCAGUCGGGGGUCCCAACCCGCACCACGGCGACCAUAACGCCCACGCAGUUGCGCAACUUCGAGCAAACCUAUAUCGAGUUGAGCAACUGUCGCAGCGAGCAGAGCAACCACGCAGGUUUCGUCCCGCCUUCCGUCACGCAGACCAACAAUUACGGCAUCCUGAAUCCGGUGGGUUACUGUGACUCGGGCCCGACGACUCUGCAUGUGUCGCCGGGCCCACUCUCAGCUAGCGGUGACAGCAGUAGCAGUCCUGGCCUUCCGGCGCCGAAGAGACGUAACAUGGGCGGACGAAGACCGACUAAAGCUCCCCAGGACAUCUCACCAGAGGAGGAGGAACGGAGAAAAAUACGCCGAGAAAGAAAUAAAAUGGCAGCUGCGCGCUGUCGCAAACGGAGACUUGACCACACCAAUGAACUGCAGGAAGAAACAGACAGGCUCGAAGAGAAAAACCAAGCGUUCAAAGACGAAAUCCGCAAGUUGAACGCCGAUGUAGACCAGUUGCAGGCGAUUUUGCGCAACCACUUACCGCUUUGCGGGCUCGAAAAGAGGUCAACUAGUCCACCCGACGUGAAGCCGUUUCAAGACCCCUACGACUAUCCAGAGAUGCCAGAAGACGGGGUCAGAGUAAAAGUGGAAGUGAUGGAUCCCGUAGUAGACCCCGUCCUUGGGUUAGAUAAUGAUAUCUUCGCCUCGCCGACGCCGGACAAAAGGAUAAUGCUGUCGGCGGCAAACCCGGCCGUGGUCACGAGUGCGAGUUCGCUGGACACGCCACCCGUACGUCCCUCGCGACCUAACUUCCUCCAGGUGCCGCUCACCGUCACUCCCGCGCAGAUUCACAACAAUAAAGCGAUGGGCAACAACAACAAAAUAGCCGGCAUCGAGAUCAGCACGCCGAGCAAUGGCAUCCCUUUCAACUUCGAUAGCCUGAUGGAAGGCGGCACGGGGCUGACCCCCGUGCACCCGCACCCGCACCCGCACCCGCACCCCUGCGCGCAGCAGCAGCGCGCCGCGCCCGACCUCGCCUCGCCCGACGCGCACAACAGCCUCGUCAGCCUCUGAGAUCACCUCUCCGCCGCCUGCCCCCUCUUCGAGCCGCUCGACCUGCUCAGUGACCUCGAGCCGAGCCCCCUCGACUAGCAGUGCGGCCUCUCGACCGGGUCGCCCCGGCCGGCGGGACUACUGCUGCCAGGACAACGGCGAGAAGUAAUCGGAGUUCUAAGCUCGAUACAGAAAAGAAACUGGAAUUUCUUCGAAGCAGUAUUAUACUGGAUGUAAUAUACCCCGAGAACCUGGCGGCAGUAAUACCGGCGGGGACGACUCCAUCUCGCGUGCCUUGUCCGUCGGGCCCACGUCAGACGUGGCCGGCGCACAGAACCUAGUUCGUAACGUGUAAAGACUACGCUAUUUAUUCUUCGUAACUUUGUAACUUCUAUCUCGUUUCUAUCGUGCUAUCUCCGUCUCCCUGGGUCCCCGCCGGCUAUUUUCUCUAUUUAUUGAGGGGGCCCACGUAACACACUUGCUCACUAUGUGCUUUGUAUUUAUAUUAUUGAAUAUUUAAUGGUAGUCUAAUGUUAGAGCGUAUCGGCGCAGCGACGCCGGCCUACGAGAGUCAAUUUAUGAGCUGUUCUAGUAUUCUAAAGGAGAAUAUUUUUUAUAACUAGAUUGUAUAUCUGCGUAAAUAAUAAUUGUGAUGUAAAAAUAAAACAGAGUUUUAUUUAAAGCAUUUCAGUGAUUAAUUUUCGAGUUGUGCUUAAUAUCUAGCGAGGCUAGACUAGUUGUACGUUAUAUUGUAGGAGAUCUCCAACGCGACGCCCGCGGGCUCGUCCGGCACCAAGUCGACCCGAUCCACGGCAUCUUGUCAUAAUAACCGAGUGCCAUUCGCUAUGUCUAUUCUCAAGAAUACGAUAAUUUUGAGUACGAAAUAUUAGUUAACCAUAGACUAACAGCAAUAUUACUUAAUGAAUAAUUAAUAUAUUGAAUGUAAGUUAGCUCAAUAUCGAUGUAAUGUCAUACCGUUCAUUGGAUUAGGUACUGGUAGUGUAAAAUUAUUAAUAAGGAUUAUUUGUGAUACGUCCAGUGAUUUGCGCUCCGAGAGGAGACGGUCAUUUUAUAUUGUGUAUUUAUACUCACGACCUCGUUUUAAGUCAAUUUUCGUCACAUUGGUGCAUCGAUGUCGGUUCCGAUUGCAUUUUUUGUGUAACUCUUUUUUAAUUUAUAAUAAAAAUUAUUGUCAUUAUAAUAGUCAUGUAUUUGGUUCAUACAGUAUCGAGUUAGUUCGAGUUAGCCCCCGUCCCACGGGGCAGGGUCGUUCGCAUGUUUUUACCGAUGGUGACCGCUGGGACAAAACAAGUUUAGUGUAAGGCAAUAAUUAGGCUAAAGGCACUUAACAUUUAACUGUAAUACGCAUAACUUAGACCAAAUUAUUAUUGUAUGUGCUUUAUGGUAGUUUUAAUUAAAAUCUAAGCCAAAUAUUGAUUUUAUGUCGUUAAUUUAGGUUUAGGAUAAACCGCCGUUUCCGAAAAAGUAUUAUUGGUUAGACGCCCAGGAAUGCGGAGUAUUUAUUUUAAAUAAUUAUUGUAUAUGAAUCAUCUUUUGAAUUUUUAUAUGAGCGACUUUUAUAUUUAGUAACAUACAAUAAAAUGUCUUAAGCAUAAUAUGAACAUUUAGAUAAUAUAAGAGAGAUAUAAUUUUUUCUAGAAGAUUUUUUCUUAAAGCAAUCGUAGAAUACUUUUGUAUUUUUUCAUAAAAUUUAGCAAAGCAAUAUAUUUGAUAAAAUAAUUAUUGUUCUAUUACAGCCAGAUGUAGUAAAUUAUAAAAUAUAUAUAAUAUAUAUAUGUAAAUCAGAAUAUAUAAAGUUUACGUACACCACUGA